UGGGUAUAAAAAUUAGUAAGUUCUUAAAUGUUUUGUUAUGUUCCUUUCUAAUAACAUCAUAAGCAGUAUUGAUUACCAUCGAGAAUAAUUCAGUUCAGUUCAGUCACUCAGUGAUGUCUUGACUCUUUGCGACCCUGUGGAUUGCAGCACGCCAGGCUUACCUGUCCACCAACUCCGGGAGUCCACUCAAACUCAGGCUCCAUCUACUAUUUGAAGCUUCUGCCUCAGCUUGCAUUGUUUGUAAGAGAACCUGCGUCAUACCUUUAUCUGUAGCCUUCCCUUAGGUCUUAAGGAUCCUGAAACUUUCCUGUGGAUAUUGAAUUUGGUGGAACAGCAAUCAUGACUGUGGGAAAGAGUAGCAAGAUGCUGCAGCACAUUGACUAUAGGAUGAGAUGUAUUCUGCAAGAUGGUCGUAUCUUCAUUGGCACCUUUAAGGCUUUUGACAAGCAUAUGAACUUGAUCCUCUGUGAUUGUGAUGAGUUCAGGAAGAUCAAGCCAAAGAAUGCUAAGCAGCCAGAGCGUGAAGAAAAGCGAGUUUUGGGUCUGGUGUUGUUGCGUGGGGAGAACUUGGUUUCCAUGACUGUGGAGGGACCACCCCCUAAAGAUACUGGCAUUGCUCGGGUGCCACUUGCUGGAGCUGCAGGGGGCCCUGGGGUUGGCAGGGCCGCUGGCAGAGGCGUUCCAGCCGGUGUUCCGAUUCCCCAGGCUCCUGCUGGGUUAGCAGGCCCUGUCCGAGGGGUUGGGGGGCCAUCACAACAGGUAAUGACCCCCCAGGGAAGAGGCACUGUAGCAGCUGCUGCAGUUGCUGCUACUGCCAGCAUCGCCGGAGCCCCAACUCAGUAUCCACCGGGACGGGGGACUGCACCUACACCUGUUGGUCGAGCAACCCCACCUCCAGGAAUUAUGGCUCCUCCACCUGGUAUGAGACCACCCAUGGGCCCACCAAUUGGGCUUCCUCCUACUCGUGGGACGCCAAUAGGCAUGCCCCCUCCAGGAAUGAGACCCCCUCCACCAGGGAUAAGAGGUCCACCUCCCCCAGGAAUGCGUCCACCAAGACCCUAGGAUACUGUUGAUCCUUCUUAGUCACUUUUUGUCCUGCAAUGCAGCUUGUGAAAUGUGUGAAAUGUUUGUGAGCUUUUGUCCCCUCUGUUCCAUUAAUAUUAGCUAAUAAAUGCAUAGAGCAAUUAAACUGUGAGGUACUGUUGUACAUUUUUUGCCUUUUGAUGUUUAGGUGAGAGUUAAGAUUGGGAUUUUUCUAGUCUUGAAGUUAUUAUGGAUGAGGUAAAUCCUGUUAACCAACUCAUUUAAAUAAUUUUGUCUUUAUAUCUUACGGUAAAACGGUUGUGAUACGUGUUUUAGCUUCACAACUUUGACUUUGUACACUGGCUGGUAUCACAUAAUAAACUUUAUACUGUCCCCUCUACUUUACCGUGCCACAUAUACUUGAAGGAAAGUAGGGAUGUGGUGCCUUGUACAGCCAUCUAUAGAAGGAAACUGAUACUGAAUUAGAUUUUGGUUUCUUCAAUCAAAGUGUUUGAAAUAGGAAAGUUCUACCUUCCUUGCAAGCUUGCUUCAGUUGAUGAGCGUUUUGGACAUAGUGCCCUUGUGCCUGUCUGGUCAGAGAGAUGACAUGAUCCUGGAAUAAUCAUCCUUCCCUACCAGUGAGUAAGUAUUUACAAAUUUUUAAAUGAGUGGUAGAGUAUGGGUCCUGGAAACUGGGGAGAUUGAAUAUUGAGACCAGUUGUGUUACUUAAGAUAUGACUGACACUUCCUUUAAAUUUUCCUUUUUGGCUGCACUGUGCAGCAUGUAGGAUCUUAGUUCCCUGACCAAGGAUCAGAUGCACACCCCCUACAUUGGAAGCAUGGUGUCUUAACCACUGGACUACCAGGGAAGAACCUAGUUGACUCUGUUAGAUACCAGUUACAGUCAUAUCCAGCUGCAUCAUUUAGUGAGUAUGGGAAGUUCAGAGAAGUAGACAACAUCUUCCAGUUAAAUAAUUAACAAAUGUCAAAAUAUCUAGGUCUAGUUAGAGUUGAUAUGGAACAGUGAAAUCUCUUAAAAAGAAGAGGUUGGAUGGAGGUUUUAGGUUUUAUGGCUAAUGUUUCAACUAGACAGUAAAUGAGUCCUUACUGACUGUAGGAAUUUAGCUUGUAAAACACCACAGUUCAAGAUUGGUAAUGACUCCUUAAUAAUUUAAGACUUGUAGACUAAUUUGUCUUCUGCUUUGAUUUUAUCAGCAGAGAUUAUAUCUGUGUCACCUUUUCCAGCUUUUAAAUCAUGGCCUUUCAAGUAAUAGUCUCUGGAAGAAGAAGGGCAUUCAAAAUGACCACAAGUGCUGGCCCCAACUUUAUAUGAUCUAUCCCAAAGUAAUUUUUAAGAUUAAUGGCCGCUUUCAGUCAUAUGCAGUGCCUUUUUGCACACAUAAUUGAUGACUCUGAAAGAAAGAGAGAAUGUGGUUACUGAAUUUUCUGAUGUGUCAAUGUGGAUCCUACCCAGUAAUGCUGCAACAAGGCUGAAAAUCUUACUUAACUACAUUUAGGAAAGAAACAAACCACACCAGGUAAAAUAAUCUUGUUUUUUUAAAAAAAAGAUCAUAUCGCAGAGGCCUUGGCUAGGUUUAUGAUGACAUAGGACCUUGUCUGAACAUGGUGAUUUCAAACUUUGAGCUUAAAAGGACACUCUGAAAUCUAGUCAAUGUGCCUCAGUAGACUUUUCAGAGAACGUUACUCUUGGCAGAAGAUGCUGUCUUGACAUGCGGAAACCAAAUAGCUGGAGUUGGCGGGGGCGUACUGCGCUUUGUGCUGGUUCUCCAGGCUUCCCUUGUUUCCUUCUCAUAGAUUUUCGUAAUUAUUUUCUUUUUUCUUCCUUUUUUAUAUGUGCACACACAUAUAUAUAUACAUAUAUGUAUAUAUAUGUGUGUGUGUGUGUGUGUAUACCACACACACUGUUCAAAGCAAAAAUGGAAACUCAUCUGUGGAUCUCAGAAUGUGACAAGGUGGAAACAAAGACAGAAGCAAGAUUGAAAUAAAGGAAACUACCACAUCUUGGAUCAAACAUUGGAAACCAGUUCUAGGUGUCUAAGUGAUGUCCAGAAAGAGUGUUUAUGGAACAUAUUUUAUGAAAUGCAGUGAGUGUGUUUUACAGAGAUUUGAAACAUGAUGUCAACUUGAAGGUGAUUGGCUGUCAUUCAUGGACAUGAAUGGAGCCUAAGAAAGAUGGACAAGGAUUUCAUCCAGAAACUUAGAAUCUUUUUUUGCACAAUAGCUACUGUGUUAUAUAGAUGGCUGUUUUGGAGCUGCUUUUCAUACUGAAACUUCUAACUGGUCCCCUAACUGCCAGCUUCAGAUUCUCUAAUUUAUCUGUUGGCCAGAACAAUCUUUGAGAAAGAUGAUGAAACCACAUCGUGUUCUUCAUAAAUCUGCAAUUGACAUGUUUCAGAAGUUUUAAAAAUAAGCAAUAAUCGGAAAAGAGGACAAAGGUUUAUAUAAAAUGAUAAUAUUUUGAGUAUUUUUUGCCUCUGUGAAAGUUGGAAAUUUUCCAGUUCUAGUUACUGAACAUUUGGAUUCAUAAAUUUCAAACUCCUUUUCUCUUACCCUUUGGUCCACAAGAAUCUCAAGAUAUUUUGCACAGCAAGAUACAGUGUGCAUCUCAGGAUGGAUUUAGGGUAGUUGUGCAAACUUUUUUUUUAACAUAGAUGAGCAAAUUUUUCUGGAGUAUCUGAGCAGUUUUACUUAUGGACUGAUAAGGAAUUCUACACCUCUUGCCAAUUUAAAGCAUCUUUGGCCAGGGCACGUCUGUAUGAACACUUUCUAGAUCUUUAACUCUGUAUUUUUUUUUUCAUUUAUUUUUAUUAGUUGGAGGCUAAUUACUUUACAAUAUUGUAGUGGUUUUUGUCAUACAUUGACAUGAAUCAGCUUGAUUUGCCUGAUCCAACAGCAUCAGGACAGCAACUCUCAUUCCAGAUUUCUCUUCAAGAUUCAAGUAUGUGAAGGAUGUCUACUGAAUUGAAAAUUAUUUCAACUGGGUAAAACUUCAAGUAUUGGCUAGUCUGCACAAUCUGAAGUACACAUAAGCUAACCCUAUAGGAAUAUGAGACUAGGAAGGGAAGGACAGUGCUUCUUGAUUUCAGUUAGAAGCUUUACCGUCUACAGAAUUAUAGACAAAAUAAGUUUAAUACUGGCCUGAACUUCAUCUUGGUUCUGAAAUAUUUAUAUUUCAUUAGCAGUCUUUGGAUUGGUGAGGAAGAGUAAUUUCCUUGCUGUGGAUUAUCACAGUUACCAGUGAAAGCCCUAUAUAUAUGGCAUUUGUGUACAUUUAUGAUAAACAAAUCUUACUUGGAUUUUAAAGCAACUCUAAAUCUAAUUCCAUAAAUUAAUUUGACAUUUGUAGCUUAUGAAUGUUUUUAAAUACUUAGGAAAAUUGUGUUUGGGUAAUGAUAUUGAGAUAUAAAAUACUCUGAAUGAUGAAUUGUUCAUUGAAUGUUAGGAGAUGAAGAGAAUGAAAUUCAGCAUGUAAGAGCUUAUUGUAUUCUUUCUUUGCUUAAUCUUUUGGAAUCUAAUAUUCAAGUACAUAGGUCUACAUUUAUAAUCAUCACUAUAUUAUUUUUAUAUAAGAUAAUGCAGCUUGUUUCCUAAGGUUUCUAAAAAUAUGUGUUAAAUUUGUCUUCUGGAAAAGACUUAGAAAGGGAUUCUGAGGACAUUUUGUAAGCUGUAUAGAAUUCUGUAUUUAUGGCAGGCAAAAAGAGAAAGACACGAAAAUGUCUAAUAUUACUAUAUCAUAAAAGCAAAGGAAGGCACAGUUAUUGUUUAUAUGCAUUUUAAAAAUACUGUGUAUGACAUAACCAAAUAUAAUUGCUUCAUGACAUUUCUCAGUGUGUUGCAAAUAUUAACAGUUUGUUAAUAUAUAUAGAAGAAUUAUUUUUAAUACAUGAUUAUAGAAAUAAGGAUUGUUAGAAUACCUCUGAAUGAUGUAUACAUUUGAAAUCAUUUGAUUGGAUUAUUGCAAUGGCUUUUUGGGGUGAGAGAGAUUGUUCUGUAUUCAACUGUCACCUAAGAAAUUCUGUUAAGGGUGCUCUAUCUGGAUGUCGACAUUAUCCUGUAAAUGGCUUUUGUGUUACAGGUUUUUAUGGUAUGAGAUUGCCUUAUCAUGAUGAAAUUUUUGCACAAGAGAAGAGCCUCUCAACGCUUACAUAAUCAGGGUUGAGUGGGUUUUUUUUUUUUUUUAUAGCUUUCUACAUGAUAGAAAAAGUACUGUGCUUUACCAUCCUAUCAUGCAUAGAGAUGGCUGACUUUUUGGGCAUUUCAGUUACUAGAAUAUCAUGUUGGUUACUGAGGAGUUUCGAGACCACUUUGUGUUAGGCAAAUAAAAGCUGAAUUUAGGAGACAGAGAAUAGGGAGUUUUGGAAGAUUGUGUAUGUAUAUGCAUAGGCAUGAAGAGCUUAAACAGCAUCUAGACUUUGCUCCAUGAUCAGAUGUUGGGAAUCUAAAUAUAUUUGAUAAAUAUUCUAACUGCCCAUCAGCAUUAGUUCAUUUCUGGUAGAAGUUGUUAAACGGUUUGUUAUAAGUGAUGUUAAAUUUUUUGUCUAACUUGUGAUUGUGUAUAUCAUUGUAAACGCAUAUCAGCCGAAUAGGGUAGAAAUACUUUUGUUUUUGCCAAAAGAAGUGUUCUCUCCAGCCUCUCAGUAUGGUCAUUGGACCGUUAGACACAACUUUUAGGUUGUGAGAAAUACAUGGUGUGGAGUAUCCAAUGUAAAUAUAUCAUUUUAUGACAGGAUUCAUCAUGGUCGAAACAUCACUGGACUGCUUUUAUGCUUUUCAGAUAUAUUUGUAUAGAAAAGAACACAACCCUUUAUAUAACUUAGAGAAAUAUUCACAUUUGGUAAAACAGCAUAGGUUAGAAAAGUUUUCAUUUGCCAGUGGCAUUUGACUUUUAAUGAAAAUAGUGAAUUAUUGUUUUAAAGUACUUACUUAUAGUUAUAUAGACAUUAUGUAAGUUUUUAUGGGUGAUGUUAGUGAUAGUAUGUAUAUCAGACCUGAGUUCAUUAAAUAGUUGGCUGAUCAAAGGAAUGUUUUUAUAUUAUAUAUAUAUAUAAUAGCAUUGUUAUAUGUUUUUAGGCAUGUGAGCUAUAAUUUAUGCAUGUUUUAUAAAAUAUUAACUAUGCAGAGAGUGAAAAUUUUGCCUAGUUUUCAGACUAUCUGAGUAAAUAAUUGGGCAGUUAAGGGAUGUUUUUAGAUGGUGGUUAAUAAAAUAGAAUAUGUAGUCAUUUGCUCUAAACAUUCAGUCCUCGAUUUGCAAGGAUGUUUUUAUAUACAUCUCUAUGUAGACAUAUAAACACAUAUGAAUACAUGCACAUAUGUGUGUAUAAAACUAGUGAUACCGAAAGUAAUAGAAUGGAAAUAUUUUGGGGGCCAGUUAUCAUUUGGCUUUAGUCUUAGGUUCUUUGGGUUGUUAGAGGGCAGAUGAUAUAGCAAGCUUUAGUUUAUGAGCUUUAUUUAUUGCUGGAGAAUAUUGUGUGGCUGCUAGAUAUGUGGUAGACAAGUGUUAGUUUUUUAAAAUGAUGUCUACAUAGGAUUUGCCUGGUAGGCAUGUAUUUUGUGAGAACCAAACUGAUAGACAAAAGUAAAAAACACUAUUUUGACAAAUUGAAUUGCUAAACUACUUGUAUUUGGGAUAUAUUUGGUUGCUAGGGAUUGAUUUGUUACUUUGCUUUCUAUAUUGCAGAUACAUGCUAUUUCAUUAAAUAUUUUUAAUUUCUGUCAAUAAUUUUGGAAUACCUUUUCAUUGAAACGUUAAAGUUACGGUCAUUGUUUGAUCUUAAAGUAGAGUGAGCAUCUUGAUGAAUUAGGCUAGAAUUUUGAGUUUUAUUAUUAUUUAUAAAUAAUGUUUAUUAUUUUUAUUAUUAUUCUUGAGGUUUUUUUCAUUAGACAUUAUUUGUUAAGACUGUAGAAAUCAUCAUUCAUAUUUUUAAAUACAUAGACUUGUAUAUUUUUUCUUUCCAUCUAAAUUUCGAGUUUUAAAUAUUAGAACAGAGUAAGGACACAUUCCACACUUGUCUAACAGGCAAGCUCUUCUUUAAUAAGUUCCUAUGUGUUCUAAAACUGCACACACACACACACACACACACACACACACACACACACAUGGAAUCAAUAUAUUGAUGUUAAACUAAUGGUGAAAAAUAUAUAUUAUGAAUAGAAGUGUUGCAUGACCAUUAUGUGUUUAUACCUAGUCUGUAUUGGGGGGGGACAGUCUUAUUAGGUGGUUGUGUACCUGUGAUCAGAUUUUUGUUUUUUAUACCAUAUAAUGUUAGAUGUUCAGAAAUUUCUGUCAUGGUUUUGAAUAUAUAUUUACCUAAAAGUCAUAGCACAUAAGCUUUAUGCUUGUAGAAAUGGAAUGGUACAUUAAGUCUCACUGUUCUUGAGUGACUUUUAGAAUGCUGUGUAUGCAGUUAAAAACAUGUGUUCUUUCUAGAUACAGACAUUUCUUAUAUAAUUUUACCUCUAAUUGUGGGACAUGUAGGUGUAACAUAUUUUCCCAGAUGUGCUAAGGUUCCUGAUGCAAUUCAGUUUCCUAAAGAAAAUUUUAUAGAAAUGUUUGUGUUCACUUGCUAACAUGGCAAUAGCCAAAACAAUUUUGUAAAUAAGGAGCAAGAGUAAUAUUUAGUUUUAAACAUGUAAUAUUUCUAAAUAUACUGAGAAUCUAAAAAGUUUAAUUUUAUAACUAUUUCAUUAUAAAUGUGUUAGUACUAUUGUCUUUUAAAAUCAACAUAGCAAUGAAGUUGACAAACUGGCCUUUGGAGCUAUGCAAAAUUUAUCAUACGCUAGUUUGGUUGCUAAGUGGAAACACUGACAACGUUACACAUUUAUCCUGUUAUCAUAUAGAAGGAGAAUUGGCCGUUGUAUCAAGUACGUAUAUUUAAAACUUACACCAUGUAAAUUCUUUUGGUAUAUCUAAUUCAAACCAAGAUUCCUGACAUAUUUCAUUUAUAUUAUUUUUAUUAAGAGCAGUUUCAGGUUCACAGAAAAAUUGAGAGGAAGGCACAGAUUUCCCAUGUACCCUCUGCCUGAACACUUGCAUAAUUCCCCCCAUUAUCAACCUAGUACAUGUAUGAAAAUCCACCUCCAUUAUCAAAUCCCCUAUGAGAGUUGGACAUUUGUUAAAAUUGAUGACCCCACACUGACACAAUCACCCAGUGUCAGUAGUUUAUACACAUUAUGAUUAACUCUUGCUCUUGUACAUUCUUGGGUUUGGAAAAAUAUAUUAAUCAUCAUCAUAUUGUAAUGGCCCUAAAAAGCCUCUGUGCUCUAACUACUCACCCUUCUUAUAUUUUUUGUCUUUAGUUUUUUCUUCUUAACAUUCAGAUUAAUAAAUGACUUUGUCAAAGAAAUUUUAUACUACCUCUUGGAACUAUAUACAGUUCUGUAUGUGUUCCCUCAGUUGCAUGACAAUAUUCAAGACAAUUUUGUAAAUAGGCAGGUUUUAAUAUAUAGUAUACGGUUUUAAUUUUUAACAUCUAGACUUUCUAGAUGUGUAGAGUCUCACAAAGUAUAAUUUUGUAAAUAAUUCAUUGUAAAGUUCCAUUGUUUUCUUUAGAAAUCUCAGCAGUGAAAUUGAUGCUGUUGUGGAUUUCUUGAGCUGUUUAGGGUUCUGCUUUCUGAAUUAUGGAAAAGCAAGAGUUAAAAUGGCACUUUUUCAUUUUUGGAUUCUCAUCUAAGAGAAAGUUUUAUAUUUUAAUCAUUGUUUAGUCCUUAGAUUUUUGUACAUUAAAAAAGUCAAGUAAUAAUUUGUAGUUGUACUGUUGAUAGGACAUUAUAUAUUUUAAUCAAAGGAAAUGUGUCUUAUAUAAGAUUUUAUUGCCUUUGAAUUAUACAGUGUUGUACUUAAUUGGAAUGCAUGACAACAUACAAGACAACAUUGUAAAUAGCAGUAAAGGAAUCAUUAAAAAAUCUAGUUUUUCUAGAUGCAUGGGAUUUCACUAAGUAUAAAUUUGUAAAUAUCUUGUAAAAUAUCAUGAGGUGGCUUCUAUGAAUGUAUUAGCAGUGUAAUAACUCAUAAUUGGCUUUUAGGACUGUGUAAUAUUUUGGUGUUUAGUUCAGUUUCUCAGUCAUGUCUAAUUCUUUGUGAUCCCAUAGACUCUAGCAUGCCAGGCUUCCCUGUCCAAUAAUAACUCCUGGAGCUUGCUCAAACUCAUGUCCAUUGAGUCGGUAAUACCAUCCAACAGUCUCAUCCUCGAUCGUCCCUUGCUCCUUCUGCCUUCAAUCUUCCCCAGCAUCAGGGUCUUUUCAAAUGAGUCAGUUUUUUGCAUCAGGUGGCCAAAGUAUUGGAGUUUCAGCUUUAGCAUCUCUCCUUCCAAUGAACGUUCAGGACUGAUUUCCUUUAGGCUGGAUUGGUUGGAUCUCCUUGGAGUUCAAGGGACUCUUCAAGAGUCUC